AUGGCGGAUCUAGCUCAUGUACAGGAUGGUCCUAAAUCCUCAAUCCCAGAACAACAGAAGACCGUCCAGGCUCCAGUCAAUGGACAAAACGUUGAGACAAGUGACAACCUGGAGCAAGGAGAAACCUUCAAGCACACAUGGGACAUAACAGCCGUAUUCUGCGCUCUCCUACUCCUAGCCUUCAUGUCCUCAAUCGACGGCACCAUCGUGACAACAUCACUACCAAAAAUAGCCCGAGAAAUCGGCGGAGGAGAGAAAUACAUCUGUAGGCUUUCAAUCCCCCCUUUAAAUCAUGAUUGAUAAAGCUAAUACAACGAACUAGGGGUUAUAAAUGGGUUCUUAUUCGCAUCCACAGCGACACAACCUCUUUUCGCCCAGGUAUCAAACAUCUUCGGUCGUCGCAGCCCCAUACUUUUCGCUCUAUUCCUCUUUGCAUUAGGUAGCGGGAUAGCGGGAGGUGCAAAGAAUACCGCAACAUUGAUUACAGGAAGAACGCUCCAAGGACUGGGAACUAGUGGCUUAUACGUCCUAGCUGACAUUGUUCUCUGUGACGUCAUUCCUCCGCGAUACCGAAGUCCUUACUUGAGUAGUGUGCUCUCCAUAGCUGCCGUCGGUUCGACAAUUGAACCGAUUAUUGGAGGCGCGUUGGCGCAGAAGGACUGGCGGUGGGUGUUUUGGAUCAAUCUUCCUGUAUCUGCACUUGCGCUUGUUAUUAUCCUGCUUUGUCUACGGAUUAAAUACCCGCCUACGCCGGACUGGAAACAUGCGCUAGCCGAGGUGGACAUCGUAGGAAAUGGUAUUUGCAUCCCAAGUAUCAUAUCCAUACUCCCAGCACUCGUCAUGGGCGGCUCUCAAUACGCUUGGGGAUCGUGGCAUGUCAUCGUCCCAUUGAUUCUCGGUUGCUUAGAAUGGGCGGGUUUCCAUAUCUACGAAUCCUCGCCUCGGUGGUGUAAACAACCAACCAUGCCUCCAAGGAUCUUCAAGCAUCGCACAUCAGCAAUCAGCCUCCUCUCCAUCUUCAUCAGCUCCACCAUCAUCACAGCAACAAACUACUUCCUCCCUAUCUACUUCCAAGCCGUAAGGGGCGUCUCGCCUCUCAACUCAGGUGUUUACUACCUCCCCUUCGCGCUAGCCAUCAUCCCCUUCGGCGGCCUAGGAGCCGCAUUCGUAACAAAUACCGGCAAAUACACCCCACUGCAUUACGCCGGAUUUGCAUUGAGUGCUAUCGGAACGAGAUUGCUGUCAACCCUAGACGCAUCCCCCAGCGCCGGGUCUUGGAUCGGGUUCCAAAUCCUUGCUUCUGGCGGCUCAGGUCUGAUUUUUGCAUCUACGUUGAUAUCGACACUUGCCCCGUUGCCGGAGGAAGAUGUUGCGGUUGCCACUGGAACAUACUCGUUUGUUCGGUCUUUUAACUUUGUGUGGGGGUUGACUGUUGCUUCGGUUAUUUUUAAUAGCCAGAUUGAUAGGUAUUUGUGGAUUUUAGAGGAUGAAUCGGUGCGUGGAUUGAUGUCUAAUGGGCAGGCAUACGCAUUUGCGAAUAGUGGGACUUUUAAUUUACUUCCUACUGUGAUUAAGGUUCAGGUUGUUGACGUUUAUGUGAGAGCUCUUCGAAUUGUUUGGAUCGCAGUUGCGGCUUUCGCUUGCUUGGGCUUUGUUUGUGUCUUCGCUGAAGACCACGUGGAGUUGCGAAAGGACAAAGUAAAUGAGUUUGGGUUAGCGGAGAAGAGGAAUCAAAACUGUUAA